GAGAAGCCAUUACAUGCUUCUCGCAAAUUUUCUGCAGUGUUAUCUAGAUCUAUACACAUACCGUACAAAAUUUGUAUUCCAGUUCAAUAUUUUAUAUUUACUGUGUAUCCUUUAUAUAAAGGAAUCAGAAUAUAAUUACUUAAUACAUAUAUAUAAAACAAAAUCCAAUUUUUGUCCAAGAUAUGUGCGUCGUCCACUCUUUUAGAACCAACUUAUUAUCGACGAUUAAUCGCAAAAAAUUCAAGUCCAGAUCGAGAUACCUGAUUCGAGAAAAUGUCGCUUUCCAAGCCAGCCAAUAUCAUUUACAAUCUCCUUGGUGCUUAUUUACAGCGGCUUUACGUCAGUCCCUUGAAAACAAAAGCUAUAACUAGUUGCAUUAUUGCAGCCCUUGGGAAUAUAGUAUCUCAGAAAUUGUCCGGCAGGCAGCUUAAUGAAGACAGUGUCCUGACUUUCGCUCUGUUUGGUCUGUUCUUUGGAGGACCAGUGCCUCAUUACUUUUACACAUUUGUGCCAUUACUCGUGAAACAUCCUCUGGGAAUAUUAUUGAUAGAAAGACUCCUUUAUACGCCAUGUUACCUGGCACUUACGCUCUACAUGCUUUCCAUCUUUGAGGGUAAUUCACAUCGAGCGGCAAUUAUUCAGAUGCAGAAAUUAUAUUUGCCAACAUUGAGGGAUAAUUUGAAAUACUUGACGCUGUUCCAAUAUAUCAAUAUAAAAUAUGUUCCGCCAAUGUUGAGGGUCUUAAUGGUAAAUCUCGUCGGUUUCGCGUGGAUUAUUUAUCUCGCAAAUAAGAGAGCGAAAGCUUCAAAAGAGAAGUAAAAAAAUACGAUCUAUUGCAAUUAUUGUUAUAGAUAUUUUUGUAUAGUAAGUACAUGCAAAAAAUAUGUUGAUAUACUGUUUUUAUACGUGCUUUUUUUAUAUGUACAGCAAACAUAAUACAUUCCAGUUAGAAUUUGUUAAUGUUUAUCUAAAAAGUAUAUAGAAUAUAUUGAUCUGCAUGAUCUACAUUCACAUAAGCGAAAUUAAUAUUUUUUUGCAAUUAUAUAGAUGUAUUGAUAGAUACAAGAGAAUAUAUAUACAAAUAAAAAAUAUAAAGAUUUA